UCCCAUACUGGGAACACCUCAUUCAGAGACAUUUCAGCAUAAAUCUGUAUUAAUAGUCUCUGGUAUGUAUCUUUAGAGCUUUAAACAUUAGAAACAGUUGUGCCAGGGGAAGCCAGGAUACAGUACAGAUUUUUACGGUAAAGCAGGGAGGGGAGGGAGGUGAAGAAGAGAGGGGGAGGAGAGCAUGAGAUGGGGAAGACAUCACUGCCUCCCAAACCACCACCAUCGCCAAAGGAAACACUGUAAUCUCAAGGAACAUCUCAGCGAAUUCCUCAGGAAUCACCAAGACGUGAACCCGCCGGCUGCCAUUAUACACCUCGCGUCGUGGAUGCGGAUUAUCCGACGUCGUUCUUCUGUAAAAAAAAACAAACGACCAAUCGCAUGCAGCACUAGACAACCAGCCUGUCGUACAUUUUGACUCUUCUUUAUUUAUUUUUCCUAUUUACAACGCGGAACGCCAGCGACUGGAUGUUUUGCUUAUUUGGACAGUAAGUAAGAGGAUCGCGGUUGUUCGCUGGAAUGACUGAAAGCUUAUGGGCGGAGAGAGGCGGAUGCGCACGGACAUUGUGAUCCUAGAUAAUACAGAAGAGAAAAGAUGCUCCACGGGGAUUAUUUUAAACCUCUGUGUUGACCUAAACAUCCCACUCCGAGACGAAGAAACAAACGUGAUUGUUUGUCGGUGCUUCCCAGAAGUCAACUAUUGAGAAAUGAUCGCUGCUAAUUGCGAUUUAAAACGCCGAGGAGAGAGGAUAUAAAUAGCGGACUGAAGAGGAAAUGGAGGGUUUUCUUCGUGCCUGGAUGAGGAAUGUUGAGCCCCAUUUACAGUGACAGACAUCUCAUGUGCCUCGUAAGCAGUGCUGGAUCAAUUGACGGUUUACAAUAUGGGGAGCGACAGUGAAAUACUGAACCGGGAGCUGUCCAAGUUGUCCGAUGAAGACUUGCUGGCUUGUACUAAGGAAGAGCUGGUGAAUCGACUCCGCAAGGAAGAAUCUGAUAAGAUGUCCGCUCUCAUACAGCGUGGUCGAUUAAUCAAGGAGGUCAAUAAACAACUGCAGGGACAUCUGCUUGAAAUCAGGGAACUCAAAGUCAUCAACCAGCGGCUGCAAGAGGAGAACCAGGAACUUCGGGAUUUAUGCUGCUUUCUGGACGACGAUCGUCUGAAAGUGAAGAAACUGGCACGUGAGUGGCAGCUGUUCGGCCACCAUGCUGCCAAAGUGAUGCGCGAGGACCUCGGCGGAUACCUCAAGAAGCUCGCCGACCUGGAGAGAAUGCAGGACGGUCUGGUGAAGGAGAAUCUGGAUCUGAAGGAACUUUGUUUGGUGCUUGAGGAAGAGUGCGUGAGCAGAAGCGAUUCCAGCCCAGGUGGAUCCACAGAUCUCAAUAUACCGUGUAUGGUGGCCCGGGACGUGGGCGAUGGGAGCUCCAGCACUGGGAGCGUUGGCAGUCCUGACCAGCUGCACUUGGUGUGUUCACCAGAUGACUAAGGGAGAGGAGCAGAGCCAUAUUACUUUACCCUUCACUCUUGAUGCUGAGACGGACUUUUUAUGUCUGCAAACAAAAGUAGUUUACAUUUUCUGACAAUGACAUCUCAGCUAUUUCGAUAGAAAUAGACCAGGACUUAUAAAGUAGGCUAGUUUACUCGUGGCCCUUUUGAUGCCAUAAGUACUGUUUCUCUAUAUUUCCUUGAUUAACAUUUUAUAGUUGGCAGACCUAUAAAACUUGAGUGAAUUCAUUGGGUGCCAGGCAAAAUAUAACUAUUUUUAAGCUUUAAAGUGACAGCCUUUCCUUUUAAAAUCACUCCUCUUGCUGGAAAGUCCAGUUUAAAGGGAUAGUUCAGACACAAUUGAAAUUUCUGGCAUUAUUUUAAAAACUGCAUGAGUUUAUUUCUUCCGUGGAAUACAAAAGAAGAUAUUUUGAGGCACUGUUUUGUCCAUAAAAUGAAAGUUAGAGGUUUUCAAAACAUAACUAGACUAGUAUUGUGCAAACAAGGGAUAUGGAAGUGGAUAAACAGCUAAUAAGUAAUUAUAAAAAUAACUGUAUGAAACAAUCAAGCAAUCUAAACUAAUUAAAACUAAAUAAGACACUGGAAAAUUUUUUGUUUACUAUACACAAGACGUGAGGGAAAAAAGCACAUAUUGGCCACAAAUAACUAAAUUAUUCCCACAUUUAUUAAUCCUUCAGCAUGUUUUAUUAAUUAAUUCCUUCAUUUUAAGUAAAUACAAUAUAAAAAUUUCUUCCCUUGUUUUAAUAAAUCAUGGUCAUGCGAUAAUUGCUUUCCCUUGUUGUAAAAUAUCAAAAUGAAUGGUCAUGGUUUACUGUAACGUGGGACCGAUGUAAAUUGUGGGAAUGAAUUCUUAAUUUGUGGACACCAAAAAUGAGAGAAUAACUCUUUCACUUGUUGAAACUAAUUCUUAAUUUAUAUUUUUCUUGCAUGUCAUGUGACCAUUAACCAUUAUCAGAGAGCCAUGAAUGAAAUGUGAAUGUGCUGUCAAAUUGCUGAAUUAUCAAAACUUCAGGGGGUGAAUAUUUUUGCUGAAUUUGCUGUUUGGCUGAAUGUGAACGAAUCAUUUUCGGGUGAACUCUCCCUUUAAGCUGGUAGCUGUGUUUUUGGAACAAGGUGUCUGGUUUCUAGCAGGUUGAGCUGUAGUCGAAAACCAUCUGGACCACCUAAAGGUGACACAGCAAUGCUGGUGUAAGAUAACCAUAGCAGAAACCAUCCACCAUGUUCCCAAAAGCUUCAGAAUUUCCAGCAAGCCCAUGCAUCGUAUUAGUAGCAUUAUUUGAAUGUAUGUUUUUCCAAGCAUUGCUGGAAUGUUUCCUCUCAUCUCUUAUACAGGGGUUGUAGAUAGGGACGAAUAUAGGUUUAGUUUUGGGGUCGACAUUUUGAACAACGUUGGGAGAAACCAACCAUACUGCUAACUUUUACCAGGUUUUACUGUGCACUGAUCUGCUCACGGGCUGAUGUUUCUCCUACAUGCACUACGACAGGGCUGUAACGACUCUCGAAUCUUUAGAGAUUCACAUUUUUACUGAUUAGAGCCAUAUAAUAUGUAGUGAUCCCUUUGAGAUCAUUUACAAAAAAAGCACUGAAACAUUUUAAACAAUGGAGAGGAAACGGUGGUAUCAACGGAUUGUGCAAAGCCUCCAUUGUAAGCAGAUCAGAUUUUUUGUUUUGACGUAAUAUGGCUGGAUCGCGGAGGCCCAAUAAUUGAUUCACUGGAAAUGCACAUGUUAUUAGACCAUUUUUCUACAGUAUGAGAUUGUUUUUUCUUGUUUAUUUUGAACUGGACGGUAUAAUUCACUAGAUGUAGUGACGUGUGCUCCACUAAACUAUGUUGCUAUGAUUCCAGAUGAUCUUUCUUUCGCAUUAACCCCACUUUAACUACACAGCUGUACUGUACAAAGCUUUUUGUGUUCAGUUGUUGUUUUGGCAAGACUUUAAUUAACACAUGCAUAAUUGACACUCAUGUUUGGAGGGGAAAACAUUGUAGUUUUCAAAAUGAUUGUGCUAGAUAUUGUUAUUAUUAUUAUUAUUAUUAUCAUUAUAGUCAUUUCCGCUGUAUUUGCUGCAUAUGAGACCCUCCUACAUAAGAUUGUUCUGUUGUACAUGUUUUAAAUCUGAUUAUAUUUAUAAUCAGUAUUAUUUCUGCAGUUUUAUAGCUAUAAGACCCAGUUCUCUGAUUGAUUAGCAUUUGCUUUGCUUCAGGCUAUGCUCAUGGUGAGUGAGAUAGCUUUAAAUACACUUGACUGACACACCA